ACAUCACUCUCCUCACCCAGCUCGGACCCUGCCACAGGUUUCUGGGGCCUUUUGUGCUUUGGGGAUCCUGGACCAGGCCCUGGCCCAGUAGGAUGCCCCCGUGUCCUCCCCAGCAGAGCAGGGACAGGGUGACACAGUUGCCCACUCCGGAGCUGGGCGAGAUGGAGCUGACUUGGCAAGAAAUUAUGUCCAUCACUGAGCUGCAGGGCCUAAAUGCUCCAAGUGAGCCAUCGUUUGAGCCCCCAGCCCCAGCCCCAUACCCUGGGCCCCCGCCACCCCCAACUUACUGCCCCUGCUCAAUCCACCCAGAUGCUGGCUUCCCCCUUCCUCCACCACCUUAUGAGCUUCCAGCACCCACAUCUCAUGUCCCAGACCCUUCAUACUCCUAUGGCAACAUGGCCAUACCAGUCUCCAAGGCACUGACCCUCUCGGGCCUGCUCAGUGAGCCCCUCCCAGAUCCCUUGGCUCUCCUGGACAUUGGGCUGCCAGCGGGGCCCCCCAAGCCCCAAGAAGACCCAGAAUCUGACUCAGGAUUAUCCCUCAACUAUAGUGACGCUGAAUCUCUUGAGCUGGAGGGGACAGAGGUUGGUCGGCGGCGCAGCGAGUAUGUAGAGAUGUACCCAGUGGAGUACCCCUAUUCACUUAUGCCCAACUCCUUGGCCCACCCCAACUAUGCCUUGCCACCUGCAGAGACCCCCUUAGAACCCUCCUCAGGCCCUGUGCGGGCCAAGUCCACUGCACGGGGGGAGGCGGGAAGUCGGGAUGAGCGUCGGGCCCUGGCCAUGAAGAUUCCCUUCCCGACGGACAAGAUUGUCAACUUGCCGGUAGAUGACUUUAAUGAGCUGUUGGCACGGUACCCACUGACGGAGAGCCAGCUGGCAUUAGUCCGGGACAUCCGACGGCGGGGCAAGAACAAGGUGGCCGCCCAGAACUGUCGCAAGAGAAAGUUGGAGACCAUUGUGCAGUUGGAGCGGGAACUGGAGCGGCUGGGCAGUGAGCGGGAACGGCUUCUCCGGGCCAGAGGGGAGGCUGACCGGACCCUGGAGGUCAUGCGCCAACAGCUGACAGAGCUGUACUGUGACAUUUUCCAGCACCUGCGGGAUGAAGCAGGCAACAGCUAUUCCCCUGAAGAGUAUGCUCUGCAACAGGCUGCUGAUGGGGCCAUCUUCCUGGUGCCCCGGGGGACCAAGAUGGAGGCCACAGACUAAGCUGGCCCAGAGGGGUGGGACUGGUGAUGGAGAUUUCCUUUAUUCCCUUCUGAUAAAGGUACUCCCCAGAAGAAGCUGGGUUCUCUAGACCAGAAGGGGACAAUGGGAAACCUGGCAUUUGGAGGGUCCAAGGUGUAUUCAGUAAGGCUUGCCUUGAGACAAGUGUAUGAGGGGAGGGCUGGAAUCUCUUUUCUGUGAUUCAGCUUCCUAGGUCUCCAACCUCCACCUCGUUUGAGCUUUGGUAUAUAAAGCGCU